AAUAAAUUAUCGUGUUUGUACCAUCGUCAUUUAUGAAUCGGUGCCACAUUUAUACUAUAUAAAGAGAAUAUAGCGUAUAAUGGUUUAAAUUUACUCUGACAAGUGUAACUGAUUUUGGAUAUUAAAGUACUGUAAAUAAAAUGUUCUUUUUCAACUGGAUCAGAACUCUGUUGGCAUACUUUGGAUUCAAGAAACAUGCAAAGUUGUUGAUAGUAGGUCUGGAUAACGCUGGCAAAUCGACUUUGUUGACAAUGUUGUCUACUGGUAGAGUUGUACAGCAUGCUCCAACACCAAGAGGAUCAUCACAAGAAAUGGACAUGGGCUUAAUUAGAUUUACAGCAUAUGACCUGGGAGGACAUCCACAAGUUAGAAGAGUAUGGAGGGACUAUUAUCCAGCUGUUGAUGGUAUCAUUUUCAUGGUGGAUUGUGCAGAUCAUAAAAGAUUCGAGGAAGCUAAAGAAGAACUUGAUAGUACAAUCAGAGAUGACAUCUUAUUUAACAAGACAGACAGAAAGGAAGCUGUUGGCGAAGAGUAUUUAUCCGACAAACUAAACUUAGGUGUACAUAGAACUGGAAAGAAACAUAUUCCAAGAGCUGAGCUGCCAAGCAGACCUUUAGAGACAUUUCCAAGCAAAGAGAUGUUUCUUUUUGAUUGGAUUAAAACUAUAUUGGCGUAUUUUGGAUUUAAGGAAAAGAAACAGUUGCUGAUUUUGGGACUUGAUAAUUCUGGCAAAAGCUCUCUGUUACACUUAUUGUCAAAUGAUGAAAUUGCACGCAAUCCACCAACUUAUAAUGGGGCUUCCCAAGUAUUUGAUGUUGGCACUACGCGAUUUGAAACGGUUGACCUUGUAGGACCUCCGGGAGUUCGUAAGGUAUGGAAGAACACUUAUCCCACUUGUGAUGCUAUCAUUUUCUUGGUGGACUGUACUGAUAAUGAACGGUUCGAGGAAGCGAAAGAAGGAAUUGAUACGUUACUACAGAAUAAAAGUGUCAUAGACGUUCCAGUCGCCGUUUUGUAUAACAAAAUGGACAAAACGGGAGCUGCCAGUGAAAAUGAUCUGUCUGAGAGGCUUCAACUAAUUAAGCAUAAAACUGGCAAGAUACUUGGACCAAAACUAGAUCUGACAGAUAGACCUUUAGAAACAUUUCCAUGUAGUGUGGUGAAACGAGUUGGUUAUGGGGAAGCUUUGAGAUGGCUUGCAUACUACGUCAAAUAAAAUCCCACUUGCUCAGCUCAAUAGGAAGAGCACUGGAUGUUUUUUCCAAGGAGUCGCUAGUUUGAUCCUCGGGCUAGGAAAACUUUCGCGUUGACCAUGGAACUCGGACAUUGUGUGUACAUGUAAUGACUAUAUGUCUUUCAUCGCUGAUUCAGAAAUCAUAUCAUGGUGGAUAAGUAGUCGGUCACCUUCAGAUAUUUUGGCAAUUACCUGUUAUUAUCUAGGAAACCUGGUAAAGUCGGCCGACCAUCGAGAUAUAACAAUUUCUUCUAUUGCUCAUACAUGUUUGCUUUCAAGAAUGCAAGUGGGGGUAACACUGAAACGCACUGUGACAAAUAACAUUUUUAUACCGUUUUCAAAAAUCGUUUUUACAAUCGGAACAUCCUCGGCUAUUAUCUAUAAUAACCUCGGAGUUGAUAGGGUUUGAAAGUAGUUCUACCACGUGGUUUCAUAUGUGAGUGAAAUCAACGAAUGUAUAUAUUUGACAUCCAAAGGCAAUUAAAGUCUGUUUCGGUACAAUUAUGAUUGAAAAUAUGUCUGACAACCAUUUUUGAUUAAAUAUGCCCACUGAUCUACAAUAAUAAACAAAUCCGACUCAAUAUCAACAGGUUGGCAUUUUGUACUUACGGUUUUUACAACUAUAAUGAUAAAUAAAUAAAUAAUGUAUCGUU